UAUAAAUAUUACCUUGGAGGUGAAGGGAGCUGCAUUGAACUUGAUUAAUAUAUUUAUAGGUAUAUUAUUUAUCGAAACAUCGGAUUAAAAUACGAAGAUGAAUUUCAUCGCUAGGCAAUGCGUAAAGGUGAUAAAAAACGAAAUAACAAAUCAAACUCACGUGUGCGGCCUCGGAAGAACGUUGUCUUACAAAAGUGCCUACUCGCUGGAUAACCUCUAUCCGAAAAGCAGCCUAAAGCUUUACACGCCCGAUUUUGCACCCGAAGACCCGAAUGUGAAAUUCAACGGGUUCAUACCGAUGGAUCAACUCCAGAUAUCCUACAGCAGAAGCAGCGGACCUGGAGGGCAAAACGUAAAUCGAGUAAACACCAAAGUUGACCUGAGAUUCAACGUCAAGAAUGCUCGAUGGUUGAACGACGAGCUGAAGCCAAAGUUGUUAGAAAAGUAUAGCACGAAAAUAAGCAAGGAAGGAGACCUGAUUAUUAAAUCGGACGUGACUAGAUCACAGCAGCUAAACCUAGCCGACGCUUUAGAGAAGCUGAGAACCAUGAUCAGAGAAGUCGCUAAACCCCCGCCUCAAAUUACAGAAGAAACAGAGGAGAAGUUGCGAAAAAGACACCUCAAGGCAGCCAGAGAACGCCUGAUAACUAAGAGAAUGCGAUCAGACAUAAAGAGGAGCAGACAAAAUUCGGAUUCCGAUUUUUAAAUUCUUCAAUGUCUUUGGUUUUACACCGUAAACUAUUCGUCAAUUGAACAGUAAAAAUUGAUUUUCCCUUAACAAUAAACUCUGGCUUGCACAAAAUCUACUGUGAAAUUAGAUCCAGAGCCAAUCGCGGUAUAUUUAGUGCUAAGCCUGUUAUCGUAAGUGUAAAUCAAUCCUGUUGAUCAAUAAAGCUGAAGAAAAGUAGUUUUAA